AUGGGAAUAAUUCAGAAAUUCAAUGAAAAAGUGGCGAGAGAUCCUUUUGGCAAAAUCAUCUAUCUCUUUGGCAUAGCUCAGUUGGUACUGUUGUGUCUUUCUUACAGUCUUAAUCAGUGGAUAGAGGGGACGACUAGGUAUGACAAAGUACCGGAUCUGAAUGAAGGCAGCUGCGGGAACUACUGUAACGUCCAAAUCGGCCUCUGGGAGAUGCAAAAAGAAAGUCCUUCGAAUGGAACAUACAAGAGAAAGAUCCGUUCUUGCCCCGGCGAAGAGAAUUUUCACCUGAAACUCUUCCUCAGCGACGUUGAAACGCUUCCCAACGACCUGCCCCGAGUCUGCGAAGACUGCCCAGCUUUCGACUCUGUCGCUGCUCCUUGCAUUCGGCUCAUGACGCCGAUGAAUACAAUUACCGCUUCCUGGGUCCUUUUUGGCAUGGCGAUCGGAACAAGUACGCUGGGGUUGAUUUUGCCUUGGAUUCAAUUCGCUGGUUAUCGAAUUCGAUGGAUUCUAGUGGCGUAUGUUUCGAUAUUCUCUCUUGUUCUGGAAAUUAUGGGGACGUUGACGGUCGUUUCGGCCUUUGAGAAUGUCGUUUAUUCGAAGACUUUUACUUAUCGAACUCAGCCUGUUUCCUUCUUCGAGUCAUCCGUCAAGCACUACCAAUGGUCGACCUCGAUGAUGAUUCAAAUGUCAAACUUCAUCGUCACCUUGAUUUUCAUCCUUGGCGCCUUGGUCAUUUCAAAACUACGAAUUCCAAGAAAAUUCUCUCACAAGCGAAUGUUCAAAGAAACUGUUAAAGCGAUCACCAAAGAAAACGCAAAAAGGCUUCAAUCAAACAGAAAAUCGAGAAAAUCAAAAAAGUCGUACAAUGAGAGCAUCAAAAUAAAAAGAAUCUCCGAAGCAAAACGUCAAGCAGAAAAUGCAAGAAAACAAAGCAUCAUGGACCAAGAGCAGUGGAGAAAUACGAUGGAGGAAAAAGUGAAAUCUGGUGCAAUUCAACUUGACGGCGAAUUCAAGAGCGCAUUCAAUUUUCCGUCGCCAGAAGGGAGCGUGAAGACGGUAACGAAGAGUCUGGAAGACAGUCGGAGAAAUUUUCAAGAGCAGAUUUCGCUAGAAAACGAAGCUCUGGAAACUCAAAAUUCAAUACCUCCUAUUCAAAAAUACGCCGAUAUCUAA